GGGGCCGUCGGCUGACAGGGCCGGGCUGGCCGCGCCCACUCGGUCGCCAUGGAGCUUCCCCCAGGGCCUCGCGACGAUCCCCGCGCCUGGGACGAUGACUCGGACCCGGAGCCGGAGCCCGACCCCGACGCGCAGGCCGAGGCUUACGUGGCCCGCGUGCUCAGUCCGCCGAAAGUCGGGCAGGCGCUCCCGCGCGCGCCUUUGCUGUCGGCUCCGGUCGCGUCCCCUGGCGCCCUGGAGCCGCGGGCGGCGUCCAAGGGUCCGCCCGUGGGCGUCCCGGGCCUGCUGAGCCUUCCUCCGGAGCUGCUGCUCGAGAUCUGCGCCUACCUAGACGCGCGUCUGGUGCUCCACGUCCUGCCGCGCGUGUGCCACACGCUGCGCGACCUCGUGCGUGACCAUGUCACCUGGAGACUACGCGCGCAGCGCCGCGUACGCGCGCCCUACCCAGUGGUGGAAGAGGACGACUUUGACUGGCCGACGGCCUGCAUUGAGCUGGAGCAACACCUGUCGCGCUGGGCCGAGGACGGGCGCUGGGCCGAGUACUUCUGCCUGGCCGACGGACACUUUGCUUCCAUCGACUCCGUGCUGCUGCUCCAGGGUGGGACGCUUUGUCUGUCAGGCUCCCGAGAUCGCAACGUCAACCUGUGGGACCUGCGGCAGCUCGGGGUGGAGCCCAGCCGAGUUCUAGUCAAGGCCCUGGGCACCCAGAAGAACAGCACCCACAAGGGCUGGGUGUGGUCGCUGGCAGCGCUGGACCACCGCGUGUGCUCCGGUUCCUGGGACAGCACGGUGAAGCUCUGGGACAUGGCGGCAGACGGGCAGCAGUUCGGCGAGAUAAAGGGCAAGGCGGCCGUGCUGUGUUUGUCCUACCGGCCUGACAUCCUGGUGACUGGCACCUAUGACAAGAAGGUGACCAUCUACGACCCCAGAGCGGGCCCGGCGCUGCUGAAGAGCAGGCGGCUGCACUCCAGCGCGGUGCUGGCGCUGCUGGCGGAUGACCGUCACAUCAUCUCGGGCAGCGAGGACCACACACUCGUGGUGUUCGACCGCCGGGCCAACAGCGUCCUGCAGCGACUGCAGCUGGAUUCCUACCUGCUCUGCAUGUCCUACCAGGAGCCCCAGCUCUGGGCUGGUGACAACCAGGGCCUGCUGCACGUCUUCGCCAACCACAGUGGCUGCUUCCAACUCGUCCGGUCCUUUGACGUGGGCCACAGGUCUCAGAUCACAGGCAUCAAACACUCACUGGGGGCCUUGUACACCACGUCCACCGACAAGACCAUCCGGGUGCACGUGCCCACGGAUCCACCGAGGACCAUCUGCACCCGAAGCCACAACAAUGUGCUAAACGGGAUUUGUGCCGAGGGCAACCUGGUGGUAGCUGCCUCUGGGGGUCUAUCGCUGGAGGUCUGGCGGCUGCAGGCCUGAGCAGGCGGACGUGGAUGUGGAUGUGGGUCUGCCGGCCCGCAGGCUGGGCCAGGGCUUCUGUUCUCGGGGGACCUUCCCCCACGCCGGUGCCGCCUCCGCCCUGUCCCAAAGGCCUGGGGCCCGAGGAGUCCGGGCCACGGUUAGUCAGUGUCCCCGGGCUGCGCCCCGCGCCAGGGAAGGUGAGGCUGCCGUUCAGGCCCACCCAGGGGACUGCUUGCUCCCCUCCCUUGGGCCCAGUUUUUGUUACGGUUUGGACACCUGCUCUCCCUGGAGAGUAAAGGAGAAAUAAACUUGAUGUACUGGUGUCA